AUGGCCGUCCUUCUGGGCGAUCACCGGGGAGAGGGCACGGCGAAAAUCUGCAUGCUGGCGAUUGGCAUCGGAUAUUUGUUUCCCAUCUCAGCGAUUUGGGCAGCUUUCGACUACUGGAAGGUCCUGUUCCCAGACAGCAACAUCGAGUUCAUUGUGACUGUCGUGUAUCAGAUUGGUUCUGUUGGCACUGUGGCAUGUCUGUCACUGACCGAGACCUUCUCGCUGCGACGGCGCAUCGUCGGAGGCUUUCUGGGCCAGUUCCUGUGCUUGGCAGCGAUCCUGAGCUUCAGGUGGCUUCAACUGGCACCUACAGUGCUUUAUCAGCUCUUGCUGGGCCUGGUGCUUGUUUGCUCCGUCGCCACGGGCUACCUGGAUUCUGCUUUGCUGUCUCUCUGCUCGCAGUAUUCUUCGAACAUGCAGCAGUACCUUCAGAUAGGUAUCGGCUUUGGCACCUUGGUCUCCGUAAUCUACAGGGAUGCAACAAAGCUGCUGAUGUCCAACGACAUCGCAGAUGCCACAUGUGCUUACUUUUCCAUUGCCUUGGUUACUGUCAUACUCUGCUUGGUAUGCUACAGGUUGCUCAUGUCCUUGCCCAUCUCACGGCAUGUCCGUGCAUCAAGUGGCCAGCUUGACGAGAAGCUGCUGGACAACAGCAGCAUCGAGUCCCCGCUUCCUUACGCCUGCGGAUUCAGCCCGGGAGGUUGUCGAGACUCUCAGGAGUCUCCACAGUUGGAUCUCAACUGUGAAGCUGGCUCAAGCUUCAAAUCCGUGAUACAGCUGGUCUGGCGGAACCAGCUGGUCAUCCUUGCGAACUUCACCUUGACCACCUUCUGCUAUCCUGGUCUCAUAACGGCGAUCCCAUGCAGGCAGAUGCUUUGGCUGAAGAGCGGGCACUGGUUUCAGACCAUCCUUUUAACGGUCUUCACGAUCUUUGACAUUUGCGCACGCUUUGUGACGCACAUCCGGUGUGGCCUUCACCAUGGGAACAUCCAGUGGACGGCGGUCUUGCGGUCGGCUCUCCUGCCAUUGAUGAUCUUCUGCGCCAUCUCAGACUCAUCUAGCGACCUGCUCGCAAUGGCUGUCGUGGCCACCUUCGGGUUCCUCAAUGGCUACUGUGCAUCACUGUGCUUGAUCGUCAUCAACGAGAUCCCGACUCUCAGCCCGGAGCAGCGCAAGACGUGUGGACGCAUUUCCGCUUGUUUCGUGAAUAGCGGCCGGGGCCGCAGCACAACUCCAAACGUUUGA